UCCCACUGACCUUGCGCUCUGCUCUCUUCACCUGCCAAGCCCUCCCACACGCCCGCUGAUGGAGAGGCUAGUCGUCUCAGACCCCUCCAAUCCGCACCACGCCCACUGCAAGACCUAGGGCUGCCCUGCAAAUUGAGGCCCCUCUUCUGCCAGCUAAAGUCCGGCCGCCCCUCCCCCGCCUCUCGGGGAUUGUGAGCUAAGAGCCAGGGGUAAGAGGCUUGGGACCGGUGCUGCCGGCCCUGCUUGGGCCAGCCCCUCUCCAUCGCACAGGAAGCUGGGAAGGAGUGCGGCCCCGUGCCACCUAGGAAUGUCCCGUCCCCCAGGUCAGUGCACCAGUUUCUUCCUGACCAACGACCAGAGUCAGCCCCAGAUGAAUGCACUUUCCAGGAAGGAUGUUACCAACGUCUUGUCCCUGGUCAACAUGAUCCUGGGGCUCUUCUCCAUCUUCUGCAGCUUCUGCAAGAAAUCCCACUGUGCCUCCUGGAUGCUUCUGGUCAGCUUCCUGUUAGACAUGGCAGUCAGAGCAAUGACCAGACACCUCAACAUCUGCUCUAAAUUGGGAGCUGAGCUGAAUGACAUUGCUGUCUUCACCACCUUUGGCCUGGCCUCUGCCCUGCUCCUAGGUGUGGAUGGGCCUCUGAAAGCGUUCCUGGCCAUCAUCUAUGUGUUGGCUGCUUCCUUCCGCCUGUGUUUUUAUUCAGCUGGCAUUACCCUCACAUACCAGGGUCUACCCUCCCCCUAUGCUUCCUGUGUUUUAGCCUCCACUUCCCUUCUGACCAAAGGCAACACGUUCAUUCUCUCUUGCAUGGCCUCACUCAUGAUUCUAUUCAUGAUAGACCAGAGCUACUACCCACGUGAUGAAAUCCUGGAGUCUGAGAAGUGGAAAAAAAUGGUUUAUCUGGGAGGUAUCAUUGUGCUGCUUUUGUGUCCAUUCUCACUAACUGCUUUUUACUGCCUGAUGUGGUCACUCUCCUACAUCUUCUUUCCAGAUGUUCUGUGGGGCAAGGCAGCAUGUCUUAGGCUACAUCACCAAAGAAACUAA